GGUGUAAUCCCGCUAAUACUGUCGGACCAAAUGUGCGCAUUUGCUACAAACAAAGUACUUACUUCUUAAUUGUUAAGAUAACGGUGACAUUAUAAAUAAAAAAAUUAAAUAAGCCAGUGAAAGACAAAUGAAAAAAUAUUACUGAAAAAAUUAUAGCCGAAUAUUACUGUUUAAAAAUUGCGUGAAUUUGCAUAUUUGCUGGUGUCCCAAUUUAUGAUGAAAAUAAAAUAAAAUUUACUAAAAAUAUUAACAAAUAAGAAAACCAACAUUUUUGAAGUGUUUUAUGAAAAUACGUAUGUUUUCACUUUCCCAAUUGGCCAAAGUGGAUCAAUAUUUAAAUUAAUGGAUAGAAUGAAUUAAAUCAACUGACCAACAAAGCCUUGCGCCUAAAAUUACAACAAUAUUCUUGCAAAACUACACUGCUGUUAGAAAAUAGUAAAAUUUGUUAACGACAACAGUACUUUUUGGCAGCGACAAAUGAACAGCCCGGAUAGCCAAAAAAUUAAAUAAAAAAGUGACUUUCGUCGAAUCUCCCUUGUUGGUGUGUUGUCGCGUGUGUGUAAUAAAAUUUUGCGCCAAAGGACUAAAACCCCAAAAAGCCACCCACCAGACACCUUUAUCGUCCAACCUGAGGGACCUUUUUCAGUUACCAUUGCUCUUUCGACACUAGGCUAUGGUUAUGGUGAGUUCGGCGGUUUUAGGCGCCGCCACGGGCACCGGCCUGGCUCUGUUGCUUGCGGUCACAAUUGUUAUGUACCGUUACUACUUGUUGCGUAAACGCGGCAAGGAAUGGGACGAACUGGAUCGUUGGGAAGAGACGCGCAUUAUGCGAAAACUCCAAUUGAAGGAAGUUAACGUAGUCAAAGAGACUCAACCCAUACAACCGCCAUCGACUUUUGGUAAUUCCGCGCAUAUGGUAAAUGCAGACGUUCUGCGUGGCCCUGCGGAGGUACUCCACAGUCCAUUGCACUUGCAUCACCAGAGUCGUUCCUUUCCACCGCGUCUACAGCGCACGCCAUCUAUUUCCAGUCAGUCGAGUAUUGACAGCGCACCAUCUAGACAUUCAGGACACCGCGGCUCUUCGCCACAGAUUCGUACAUUCGGACCCGAUGGUCGAAGCUCACUACCCGCCGACCCCGGCUUUCCACAUCAUUUGGCUCGCUCACCAAGUCCAAUGCGCACCAUUUCACUGGAUGCCCGUUGCGGUAGCCCCGCAUCCACCGACGUCAGUGACUUGCGUACGCCCAGUCCAUCACAAAGCAGCCUAGCCUCAAUAGCAGGUGGUUCGGUGGUUACGAACAUAAGCAUAAACUCCGCAAAAGUCGGCCGCUGCCUUUCUCCACUACUUAUACCGCCACGAACACCUGCAGGAGUCGACCCCGCCAUUGGACCAGCUUCACCGCUGGGUGCUUUGCAGCCAGAUCUAUAUCGUGUUCCAGAUGGUCCGAUAUAUUUGACAGCACCUGAAUCCAGUCCAGCUUUGGGCCGAUUGCAUUUACGUGUCAAAUAUGACUAUCAUCUUUUCGAUUUGACCGUGCACCUGAUUGAAGCUCACAACCUUUGCCCGAUUGAAGAGGGAGGUUUUCGCGACCCGUACGUACGUUUGAUGCUUGAACCUGAGGUGGACAAUCGAAAACGCCAAACACACAUACAUCGCGGAGAAACAAACCCUUAUUUUGAUCAACAUUUCAAAUUCCCCGUUUCACGUGAUCAACUACAAGGCAAAGAGCUCAAACUCCAGGUUCUCGACUAUGAUCGCUAUUCCCACAACGAUAUAAUCGGUGAAGUACGUAUCUCUGUUGAUGAAUUGGAUCUUUCAAAAUCUGUAGAGAUAUGGGGCGAUUUACUACGUGUCAAAAAACCGCAAGAGAAUCGACCGGAGCUCUUAUGCUCACUGAACUACUUGCCUCAGGCCGAACGACUGACAGUGGUCAUCAUGAAAGCAAAGAACUUGGACACAAUACAGGAGCCCUAUGUAAAGAUCUAUUUAAUUCAAAACGGUAAACGCGUAAAAAAGAAGAAGACUAGCAUUAGCAAAUCUGACGAUCCCGCCAAUCCCAUCUGGAACGAAGCAUUUACGUUUAAUCUGCAGUCUGCCUACCUGCAUAAUGCGGCGGUAGAGAUUUACGUUGUUGGUUCUGGUGGAGAAGCCAUGGAAAUUGGCAGCUGCGGGCUCGGACCACAAGAGAUUGGUACUGGGUGUCAGCACUGGCACGACAUGAUAAAUAACGCGCGCAAACCAACAGCUAUGUGGCACUUCAUUCGCUAAGAUGUAAGCGCCUUUAAUGCAUGCAUGUUUGUGCAGUUGCUUUUACAUAUACAUACAUGUACUAUAAAAACGUUAACACAUAAUAUGCAUAUACAUAUAUUUUAUAUAUGUACACAUAUACAUAUGUAUAAAAGUAUUUACAAAUCAGAUAUCCGAGCACGAGUAUAGCAAAUACAUAUGUACAUAAGAAUAGGAAUGGCUGGAUCAAGCACUUAUGAACUUAGAAAUGACGUCAUUUUGUUAAAUAAUUUCAUUUAAGGCUAAACACUUCAAUCAAAUAACUAAUAAGACAUGCAUAGAGGUUUGUGAACUAAAAAAUAGUAAAAUUCAAAGACGCGUUGGUUUGUGUAUAAAAAAUCGAUAAUUCCACGUAAUAAUUGCAGAUACAACUGCAUAAUUUUCAAAUACGCCCACACUAGGAACUUUUUAAAGCAUAUACUUACAUACUUGCCACACUAUUUGAAGUUACUUUAAAUGUAAUAUACGCGACUAUAUAAUAUUUAAAUAUACACACUUACAUAAUAUAAAUGCUUUGAGAAGGGCUUUGCUAGGAUUAUUUUAUUAUACAUAAAUAUAUAUGUCUGUAAGGGUAUAAAAGACGGAAAAAGCGUCAGUCUUACCGAAACCAAUAAAUACUAUUUCAAAUUAUUAUUAUGAAAAAGAUAAAAGAUUAUAUUUUCGCCUCAAUGCUAUUUAUUUGGUAUAAUUUUAUUUCUAAGUUUGAAGGGAAGGCUUUGCUGGCUUAGUGCAUCACUGAAGGCUUUUAUAAAAACGCUAAAUGUAAAGCAAUUAUAUUUUUAACAUUUUCUUAAUUGUUUUUAUUUCAACUGUUCAAUUCAAUAAACUAAUAUUUUAAUUAAGCUUUUAACAUUUUGCAAUAAUUGUGGAAUCUUAAUUAAUUUCACGUGCAUUCUUUUACCACGAUUUAUUAUAGAGAUUCAUUAGAUUUUUAAAAUUACAUUUGAAUUUAUUAUUUAUUAUUGUUUUUUUUUCCUACAUUCUAUAUACUUAUACUCGAAAACAACAUUUCAUUUAUUUAAAAAAAACACUCCUCACCAGUAUCUUAUACACUUCGGGCACUGGAUCUUCCCAGCCUAAAACACAUAAAGCUGGAUUACACAUUUAAAACUUUGGCUGGGAACUUUUACAUAAAAAGGUUUCGAGGCGAAGCAAAAAAAAUGAGGAACACUCAUCUUUAAAAAGCUGACGCCGUUUUAUUACUUUUUCCUUGGUAUUUAUUAUUUUUCAAUUGGAUGGAAAUACAUUGUGACAAAAACGUCCCCGGAGAUUGGAAAUAAAACGCAAAAUAUUGAAUUAUUCAUCAUAUUUAUUUUGUCGCUUUCAAAGUAAUCCACACUUUCAUAAGCACUUCUUGGAAUGACCUUCAGCUUCUUCAGCGAAUUUUGUUUUAUCUCUUCGAUCGACUGUAAACGGGCUCCACGGAGCAGAAAUUUUAGUUUGGGGAACAAUAAAACAUCACACGGAGCCAAAUCUGGUGAGUACGGUGGUUGAUCGAUGUUGAUCGGUCACAAUCGUGGCUCGAUGCGAUGAUGCAUUAUAAUGAUGUAAAAUCAAUGAAUUGUUCUUCCUUCGCUAUUUUCUUUAAUUCAUUGCGAUGAUUGUUGACUAAUUGUCAAACUCACAAACCUACAUAUGUCUCAUCAGCAGUUCCAAUGCUCCCUAUGAAUGUACUCUUUUUUUAAUUCAGGGGGACGAGUCGGGCAAGAACGUGCUUCAUACCCAAAAUAUCCAUCAAAAUUAUUGGAACGGACUCAUGAGAGAUCUCGAGCUCUUUUGCCAUCUCUCUAACACUUGUCUGACUAUUUUCAAGCAGGGCGCUUCACUUUUUUAAUGUUCUCACCAGUUCGAAGGCCGUCCAGAUCGAGGUUAGAAAUACAAAAUUUGAGGCAAAUUCUUUUUUCGAUAUUUUUAUCCAUUGUAAAAAUCGCAACGCACUACUUAAGCCGCAACGCCGCCUUAAGCAAUUGCUAUAAACAAGCUAGUUAACAGAUCGCGCUCAUAUUUGGCUAAGUAAUUGAGGACAGUCCUACCAACUUACCUUUUUUUUGAAAUAUCAUUUUCCCGGGGAAUUUAAUAACAAUUUUCCGGUGCUUUUUUGUCACAAUUUAUAUUGUUAAAAUAUGCUUGUAAGUUAAAAUUACUAAAUCUGUUAAGAUGAAAAUACGUGUAAUAAAACAGCAAAUAAUAAAUAUCAGACAGAAGCACCACCAGAGUCAUUCUGACGUACCAUAUGUUUGCUUCGCUUCGAUGUCAAAGUUUCAACUCUCAAGCAAAUCGAGGAAAGUUUAUGCAAAUCAACCAAUGAAAACACUCAUUGUAAAAUAAUUUUCUCACAACCAUUCCCAGAGAGACUUCUUACUCUGGGACUGCCCAAGGUUGUUAUUGGUUAUUAACGCAUUCAAAACCCAAAAACACCCAACUAUACAUAAGAGUCUACGAAAAAUACUUCGUCGGCGAAUUUAACUGCAAAAGACUCCAAUAAGGGAUUUCUCUACUUGAAACGCACGAAACUAAGAUAAUUUAAAUUAUCAAAAACUAAACUAUCAAAGUCUGGAAACAAAACCAAAGAUAAUGAGAUUUUAUUCUAAGCAUUUCAUUCUAAUUACUUCUAUAAUAAGAUUGUAUUCAUUACCUUUCCAACAAAAAUGAACGAAGAACUGAACAAUAAUUGUCAGCGUGGUUCAUUUCCUUCAUCUCAACCUCUGUGACAAAGUGCCACUUAACCAAAUAAUUGUGCAUUUCUUACGCUUUCUUUCAAUAUUUAAAAAAAAAAAAACACUCAAAUGGGUUUGUGUUAAAAAAAGGAUUGACUUUUUUAUUUUUAUCACUUGACAUUUUCUGAAAGCCUUUCCGCUUAGAGUUCAUGUUCCUGUAAAGCGAUACAUCAAUUAGCGAAAAUCUACAAAGGUGUGCGUACAAAUAUGUGCGCAUGUGUGUAUUCACGUGCCGGUAUUUUUGCUUUUUUCAUGAGUAACUGCCGUCAUGUCAACGAGUAUGUCAACUUAAGCACCCAUUCAUGUGUACUUGCUUUAGAAUCGCCUACCUCACCCUCAUUAUGUGUGUUUCAUAAUUUAUUCAUAAUUUUCCAUAAUUUGUCAUCCAUCAUUCUUAGAAGUACUACAAAGCAACAUAAACGCAAGGAGUCAAUGAAUUUCUUGGGAGUUUGAGGCAUUUGAGAAAAUUAGCAAAAAAUAUGUACAGUGAACCAAUAAAGUUUACAUACACCUAGUUCUAUUAAAUUACGACACGUUUAUUUGUUACAAAAUGAAUAAAUUUUUAUUUUUUUUUCUAUCCAUUUAUAUUGUAAUUCAAAAGUAAUUACAAAAGUUCUAGCGGUGUUUGGCCUACAUUUUGUUGCAGUUAUUGUCCCUAUAUGUCGGCACAUGCUCCUCACUCGAUUUCAUACAUAUAUGUAUGUAUGUAUAUUCAGUCAAGCAAUUGCAAAACCACCAAAAUUACACAAUUCCAAGUUGUGGCCUGAGAGUUCCACUACAUUAUUUCGUUUCUGUUUGGUAUAAAAACAUUGUGAAUGUAAAGAACAGUGAGCAAAAUAAGUGAAUAAUUAAACACUUCCCUGUAAACCACGUAUCAGUUAAAUAUCCAGCAGUGCUACCAGAGAUUUCCGUUAAAUUGUAAAAAAUUAUACUGUGACUCGUACUCACUUAACGGAAAAAGUUAUAGAUCAAAGAACGUAUGUACCAGGAAUACUGGGAUGCCCAACUCCUCUCUCACUGGAAAAGAGAGAACAAUUGCUAAACGUCAAAACCACCUAAACUUUGACAGUUGACUCGAUUGGGGAAGUUUUUGACGCUUAGCAAUAGGAAACGAGCGAUGGCCAGAUUGAAAUCUUACCAAAAAAUAUUUAUACGGAAUGAUUUGUUGCAUCGUUCAAGACCUUUUAUCAAAAAUGCAAAACAAUGAAAAUUAAAUAAAUUUGUGAAAUUUAAAGGUAUUUGAUGAAAGGUUUUGUAAUUUGAAGCAUCAUAGUAUAUUUUCAAUGGAAAAUGAUUAAAAACAUUUAAUGAUUGAGAGCUAACAAGCUUAAAUCCUAUUAUUGGGUAUUGAAAGGACAAAAGUCAGUUGUUAUAAUAUUCUUUAAAAAGAUUUAAAUAGUUUCUACAUAUAAUAAACAACAACUAUAUAGUAGUUUUUAUGCGUAUUAAAUGUUGGGUGUUUCAAUUUAAAUGCCGACAAAUAAUAAUUUUUUUCAAUCUGGCCAUAAUGGAAAAUGUUAUAAAAAACGCUAAUUUUGGGGCGCUCUCACACUGGAAUAAGUUUAACAACCCUUUAUUCCUGGUUUACAUCGCUCAUUUCCAAUUGAUAAACGUCAAAACCUCCUGAACUUGAUCAGUUGUUUUUCGAUCAGCUCUUCGAGUUCACGUUUAGCAAUUAUUCUCUUACUUCCAAUGAGAGAGGAGUUGGACAUCUCUUAUCUCUGCCAUUCUCUGUCGAAACAAAUUGCGUUGGAAUCGAAGAAACCAUAUCGAAAAGAAAAUUUUCGAUGAAGUCGAACUCACUUACCGACUCGAAAAAAUACAUUCCGUGGCUGAUAGAUGGCGCUGAUUUCGAAAUUAAUUAACCGAAAAAUCGUGAAUUUUUGUCGAAAUUUAUCCGUUGAUGAAUGAGUUGCGGAAAUUUGAAAAAUGGGUCAUUUCUUAAAAUUUAUGUGAUGAAAUCGCUGAAGAUACCCUUAGAAAUGUUUAAAUGUGUAUUUUAGAAACAUGAGACAAAAACACUCCAACAAAAAUAAAUGAGUACAUACAUAUUUAAGAGAUUUUCAUAAAGAUGGAACGAAACGAAAGAUGGUACGAAAAAUCACGUGGUUCUAUUAUCGGGUCAUUUACUGGUUUUAAGCGUUUUUAAGUUUGCAAUUCAAUUCAAAAUAAAUAUGUGGAAAAGGGGUUCGUCCCUCAUACAUACAUAUUUACAUUAACCAUGAUAUUUAACGCGAGUCCAAGCAAUUAAAACUAACGCAGAUAAAAUUGUAUCGUGUACACACCCUGUUCUUUUCGCAUCGAUGUUGAUAAAACAGUUUAGGUUUUCGACGGUAGCAAUGAUCGCAUAAAAAUUUUCGAUCGAUAAUUCUUUACGAAUUGAAUGCGAUGAAAUAUUAGAUUAUCUUGAUUUAAAUUUAUUUUUCCUUUCAUUAUAUAAAAGUAGUUCUCGUAAUUGGAUACAACAAAUUGUUAUUAUUAUUUUAGCGAGUUUUAUGCCCUACAAUCCUACUAUAGACGCAUUCUUCCAAAAACGGCGAAAAUGGGUCCAGUUUUGAAAUGUAACAACUUUAACGUGCUUUUCUAACAAAUUUUACUCAUAUGAAUUAUAUCAAUUUAUUUGCUUAUUUACUGCUACUUAAUAUUGCUAUUAAAGUUGGUAUAUUAAUGAAAAAUAAUUCCGCCAUGCAAAAGUUCUUCACAGAUUAACUUAUGCGUCCAUUUUAACAUACAUACAUAUGUACAAGUAUAAGAUUUAUGCUACACACUAUUAAACCUAUUUUAAAUAGAUUGACUAGUAGAGGUCACGAAACAAAACAAAAAUGAAAUUAUGCAAAAAUCCACCUAAGCCUUUUGCUGAAAAUAUAAAAGAUACAAGGUUUCAAAAUGCAAAUUUUGUUCCAAAAUUUAAACUUAAACAUUUAUACUGGUGUAAGUACUUAAUACAUAUAUACAUAUACACAACAAAUAAGUAAUAUUGUUAUACAUAAAUACUAUAUACAUACAUAUUUACUGAUAUGGGAAUGAAGUAAACAUUAUUUCUUGAAAAAACUAUAGAAUAAUAAGGGCCGUUUUCUCAAUAUCUGGUUAGCAGCCAGCUGUCAUUCAGUUUUGGUUAUCCUAACCAAGACUCCUUCCUUCGAUAAUCAGACAUUGGGGAAACGGCCCUAGAUGCUGCACGUUAGAAAUGCUAACAUAAAUAACAAAAUAGGUGUAAAGAUGAGAUAAUAUAAAAUUCCAGCAAUUUAAUAAAUAUAUGUGUUGGUAUAGGGUGAGCCACUUCAAAAAUACUAUAUAUAUAAUCCAUAAGUAAGAACGUGUAUAUACAUACAUAUGUACGUUUGGAAAGUAAAUAUACAUAUUUAAAUUACGUUUAGAUAGCUAUAGCAUAUGUAUUUGAACAAAUGCACACAUAUAAAUUUAGGGAGUCUUGAUGUAUUCCUCCUGUUAACUAGCUGAAUAAACGGCCCAAAAUUAGUGUAAACAUGUUUUAUUCUAAGUUUCCAAUAAAGUAUGCUAAAAUACAUACGACAUUCGCACGAAUGAUGUAUAAGUAUGUAUAUAAUAUGUGUAUAAUAUCGAUUUAUAUUUUUAGAAUGUCUAAUUAAGAAUAAAAAGAUAUAUACUUACUUUCAAAGUUUACUGGUAACUUAAAAGUGACAAAAUGACGUUUUAAGGGAAAUUGUAAAACAAUAUUAAAUGAUGAGGACUUAUUGUACUUACAUAUUGAUGAACUUACAUGAAUCUGCUAAUUUUUCUGUUCAUAAAUAACUUGUUUAAGAAUUAGUAAUUUUUUUACAAGUUUCAGUACCACCGAAUUUGAUUUUCCUCCAUUGCGAGACAAAAACAUUUGAAUUGACGACUUUAAACGAGUUUUUCUCGAAACGCUGUUUUCAGAGUCGGAAGGAAGAUUGCUGCGAAACGGCCAGAGAUCACACUUUCUUCUACGAUAUAUUUGUCUGCUAAUGUUCGAAGGCGGCACGUAGCGAAAAGAAGAAACGACUGGCGCGUUGUUGUUAACUCGGCUAUAAUCGCGUAAGCGGUGUCUACGCCAGUAAAGCAGAAGAAGAAUGUUCGAAGGAAUAUGAUUUUUGAUAAAAUUUCGCUUAUUUGAGCCACUGUAAAGUGUAUUUAUUUUCACAAAAGCUACUUUUCUUUAGAAGCUACCAUUUCGCCAAAAAUCCACAUUUUGACUACUCCUUCGAAUAUUACCUGUUUUCAUAAUAAUAAAAUUAUUUAGUUUUUGGAUUUUAAGCAGAAAAAUCUUCCUCACCGCCAGACACUUUUUUUUUGAGGGCAUCCAAGAGAUUGGCUACGGUAUCAAAAUUAAUCGCCGACUAACAAAGUACAUUAAAUCCUUUUUUUAUUGUGUUUUAUUUUUAUACUUUGCUAGUGAAGUACAAGAAAUACGACUAAGAUUCAACUCAUAUGACUUCAUAGUAAAUAAGUAUUAUGUAAAAAUACGAAAAUAUGUGUUCUAAUAUACCCUUGAUGCAUAAACACUUUGCUAUUUAUGUACAGUUAUGUUCAUAUUAGCUUCAGUGCCAACAAAAACAGAUCCAUUUACAACAAUUACAUUACAUUACAUUUAUAACAAUUUCACUUAAAAUUUUGUUUAAUCCACGCUUGGUUAAAGGAACCGAAUUCUAUAUUAAUGAAAAAUAGAUAAAUACAUAUAUAAAAAUAGACUGUCCGCAAAAUUAUUGAAAUACUUAGAAGGAACCCAAAUAUUAGCGCUCAGAAGAACUUCAAACAUAAUAUAAAUACGGUGACAAACAAAAGAAACUUGCUAGAUUCCAUUCUUAAACCCAACAACCCAAGCAAAUUUACCACUUUUAAAUACAUAUAUAUAUGUAUAUACAUAUGUAUGUGUAUGCAACAAAGCCCAAAUGGCAAAAUACCAUAUUUCAUAAACUGAUGAAUGUAAAGUGGUACCAUUCAGUUUGAAAUGUGGUCGGCAAUAAGCUCAAUUAUUAAAACUAAUAUAAUAUGUCUCCGUAUACUAUUAUCACCGUGAAGGAUGCAGUUUGAGCUAAAUGUGCAAUUUAAUGCAUCAUCGUCCGUCUCAAAUACAUAUAUUUUACUAUUAGAAUAGGUCUACAAGGGAAAAGUUUUCGUAUAGAUUGGCAUUUUAAUAAUAUGUACGAACGAAGCAUACCAGGAGGUCUUCUUCUUCUUCUUAAGGUCUGCAUAUAAUUAUUUUAGAGUCAACAAAAUUGACGAAUGAGAGUGGUCAGACUAAUUUCAUGACUUGAACCUUGUCGAACAUGUGAGAGGAGGUAUCAUUUAGUAAGUUUAAAAAUGGACUUUUGAAAACUUUUUACGAAAGUAGAAUGACAAUCAGUCAGGAAAGUAGUUGCAUGAGAUCAAUGGACAUCUUGAUAGGAGAAUGUACCGUCCAUAUUCGUAUCAAAGCUCACUGGACUAAAUAUUAACGGAAUUAUUAUACCGAUAAAAAAAUUUCUUUUUUAAUGAAUUUUAUUGUUUCACUUUUUUUAUUUUUUAUUUAUUAAUUUUUUUUUUUUGGGACACACGUUUUCACCUACCUUUGAAGUGUUAUUAACUUAGUUGAAAGUGCGGAAAGAAAUAUGAUGUCGGUAACUUACAUAUACAUAUGUAUGUAUAUGUAUAUGUUUAUACAGUAGUAUCCGAAAAUAAGUUGAAUUAAAAUUGUAUAAACUUCCUUUUGAAAACUUACCACUUUUUUCUUUCCUAAAUGAGCACUGCUAUCUUUGUGAACGUAACUGUACAUUUGUACAUUUGUAAAUGUACAGUUAAUACCUAAUCAAAAAACUUUAUAGUUUUUAAUAUUUAGCUCAACUAGUUUAUAAUAGUUGGGUAUUGUGCUUUCAAUCUGUGGCUCAAAACCAACCAAUAACUUCAAUAAUAAUAAUAAAUUUAUGAUGAAGUAAAAUAUUUUAAAUUAGAUAAGAAUUGAAGCCAAGAUAACACCAUAACUGUACCACUGUGUUUAUGAGAAAAUUAAUUCAUUUCUAAUAAAUACAUAUACACUAAAGUAUAUAAUUAUGCUGAUUAACUGUAAAUUAUCUUUAAAAAUAAAUACACAAACAUAUAUACAUAUAUAUAAAUAGUAUAAAUAAAUAUACGUUCUUUCUUUUGGUA